AUGUUAAGUAACAUAUAAAGCCAAAACACCGCCAACCUCAGCUUCUAACGUAUGUCGUCUACUGCCAUGCUCUUAUCGGUCCUUAAGAGUGAGGAGUUAUAAAAAACUAACUUUGACUUCAUCAAGAAGCAACCUGAGAACAAGGAAAAUAUGAACGAACAUUCAUUCAGGAAGCUAGACCCCUUAGUUCAAGCUUCAAAUAAUAAGCGGCAAAUACAAAGUACAACAAACAUUCUGCAUAAGUUAUUUGCAUCUUAGAAAAAGAAGAUUGAAUGGAGUUCCUACGAUGUAAAUAUUUCAACAGUUUACUCAACUUUUAUAUAGGAUGCCAAGUUACUAAAGUAUGUGGAAAAGUUUGGAGAUCAAAAAUGGAAUAAGGUCAGCAAGUUCAUGAGAGACAGAUCUGAAAUCUAAUGCUUCAAUAGAUGGCUGGAAUUGAAGGACACUUGCUUUGUUUCAAAGGGUCCUUGGACUAAAGAUGAAGAUGAGAUACUCAGGAAGAUGGUUCUGAAUCAGGGUCCUCGUAAUUGGAGCACCAUCGCAGCUGCGUUACCAGGUAGAAUUGGUAAGUAAUGCAGAGAAAGAUGGCACAACCAUCUAGACCCGAGUAUCAAAAAGGAAAAGUGGUCUCACGAAGAAGACUCAAUAAUCAUGAAAAUGCACCUGGAGAUGGGCAACAGAUGGUGCGAAAUCGCCAAGUAUCUUCCUGGUAGAACAGAUAACGCCAUUAAGAACAGAUUUAACUCCAAACUAAAGAAACAGAUUCAAAAAGCAACUACUCAGUAGCAUACAUAGUUCAACAGCCUUAACUCUCUGCCAAAUGUUGGAGAUAGCUCUCCUUCCGCAAUUGACCAAUAAUUUCUUUUCCAUCUAAGAAAAAGAGACAAGAAAGGUAUCAUCAAGAUUAUUCAACACAACACUUCUAGUCCUAUCAGGCAAGAUUCAAAUCUGAGCUAGUCAAGUUCAGGCAUCUUGAUGACUCCUUAAUCAAAAAUUAAUAUAAAAAUGGAAGCUGAAACUUCUGCAAGCAACUUCAAAACGCCAAAUACAAUAAUUAUUAAAAAAGAAAGACUCCAAUCAAUUCAUUCUAAUGAGGACAGCCAAGCUACUAAUUCAUGCACUGAUACAUAAUAACCACUAUGUUCUCCCUCUGGAAGUAACAUCGAAACUUAGUCAAACUGUAAAAAUAAUGACAUCCAUUAAUAAUAUUCUUGCUGUCCUACUAAUUUUAACUUUUCAAUCACAUCUGAUGAAUUGUUAACUAGACUUCUGUCUAACAUCUAAUGA